CGACUGCGGCAGUGCGGGGCCUUGUGGGUAGGCAGGCGGACGGGGAGUCGGGGGGGAGGGGCUGCGGCGCCAGUCAGUCAGUCGGACGGAGCGAGCGAGCGGGGAAACACUCCACAGCAACAACAACAGCGAGAGGCAUCCUCUCUGGCUCCUUCCUCCUCUCCCCAUCCCCGGAUUGAACGGCUGUCGCUGUGAGUGAGUGAGUGUGGAGAGAUGGUGGACCGAGAGCAGCUGGUGCAGCGGGCCAGGCUGGCCGAGCAAGCCGAGCGCUACGAUGACAUGGCGGCGGCCAUGAAGUCGGUAACUGAGCUGAACGAGGCCCUAUCCAACGAAGACCGGAACCUGCUGUCUGUGGCCUAUAAGAAUGUGGUAGGGGCCCGGAGAUCAUCCUGGCGAGUGAUCAGUAGCAUUGAGCAGAAGACCUCCGCUGAUGGCAAUGAGAAGAAGCUGGAGAUGGUGCGUGCCUACCGUGAGAAGGUGGAGAAGGAGCUUGAGGCUGUGUGCAGUGAUGUGCUGGCCCUUCUCGACAAGUUCCUCAUAAAGAACUGCAACGAGUCCCAGGUGGAGAGCAAAGUCUUUUACUUGAAAAUGAAGGGCGACUACUACCGCUACCUGGCUGAGGUGGCUACUGGUGAAAAGAGAGCCGGUGUGGUGGAAUUGUCUGAGGCCUCCUACAAAGAGGCCUUCGAGGUCAGCAAGGUUCAGAUGCAGCCUACCCACCCCAUCCGCCUAGGCCUGGCCCUCAACUUCUCUGUCUUCUACUACGAGAUCCAGAAUGCCCCAGAGCAGGCCUGCCAACUGGCCAAGGCAGCCUUUGAUGACGCCAUCGCCGAACUGGACACUUUAAACGAGGACUCCUACAAGGACUCGACUCUCAUCAUGCAGUUACUACGAGACAACCUCACCCUCUGGACAAGUGACCAGCAAGACGACGAGGCAGGAGAAGGCAACAAUUGAGUCUCUGCAGUCACUGCCUCCCCCCUCACUUAUCCCCUCUCCUUCCCCGCCUCACCCAACUGACCCCACACGCACACGUGCUAUAUACCCCAGUGCUAUUAUCUACUGUACACACAGCUCCUCUAAAGCCGCUGUAUGCCCAUCAGAAGGACAGACAAACUCGAUGCAUCUUCAUUGACUGCAUCGGUAUUUAAGCCCCUUUGCUAUAGUCACUCUUUAAAAUCAUGCAAAGAAAAUUCUUUGAGCCAUUUUGUUGCCAGUGAAUCACUUGCAGACCAAUUUGUUUUGGUCCCUUUUUAAUGUUUGAGCAGUUUUUAAAAUGAGCAAUUGCCUCCUCACUCCAUCCCCCUCAAACGAAAUGCGAAUGCAUUUGGUGUUUGAAGCACUCUAACCAAGAUUAGAAUGAGCAAAGGCUGUGACUUUCUCUUGACCAGUCGCUCCUGUGCAUGUGGAGCCUACAGUAUCCCUGUCAGUCAUGGAAACUCUGGUACCCAAACAAUUUAAAAGUAAACAGUGGAUCAGGAAUUGACUGUAUUGUGGAGUUUACAUAUAGUCUGCUCAUUUUAGCCAAUGAAACCUUAACCAUGAAGCAAAAUUCUAUAAAGCUGGGAGACUGGCUAUUUUGUGUUGCUGAAUAUUUUUAUUUUAUUUUGGCUGUUUAAUUUAUAUGGAGCUCGAUGAUGUACACAGAUCUUGGGUAAUGCGUUUCAUCUGCUGAAAUGUUUUGAUACUUUUUGUUUUAAGAACCACAUUUUUGUCAGAUGUCUGUUUGAACCUCAAUGGUUAUACGUUUUCUUUGUAAAAACAUCCGCUUUACCAAUCAGUUUGAGUUGAUUGAGCUCACAAAACAGAUUGUGCAUUUAAAAAAAACAAAACAAAAUUGAAAAGCCUUGGAAUGCCAAACCAUAAAUCAUUGUUGGGUUGAAUGGAUGACAAUAAAUGCUACUUCAGGUGUAUCAUCAAA